AUGAGCGUGCAGCUGAAUGAGCGGCACGUGAACUUCACCGGGCGCAGCGGCUCCGUCGCUGUGCCGCACCUCGGCCUAGUCCGCUUCAACCUCUCCGCCCCCACCAUCGGGCCUCAGUACUUCACCUCAGAGCUCUGCUACUCGGAGGUGAACUGCACGAAUUUGUGCACGAAUGCGCUCAUGGGCCACGUUGGAACAUGCAAGGUGGAUCGUGUCAUCAUGCCCGUCCUCAUCGUCCUGCUUUGGAUGGUACCAACCGUUGCCUGUGUCGGUUUCCUCGCGGCCAUGUACCUCCGCAAGCUCGCUAAACAGCGGCGGAAGGCACUUGACCAGUCGCCUGAGGUCUUUGGGACCUCGCCGGCCGCCUCUCGGACCUGGCGACCGCUGCAGCGCGCACCAAGCACGCCUAGACCCUCAUCUUCAUCACACGCCGUCUUCACAGACGAACGGGAGGCUUCACAAGGAGGCAGCCACGAAGCGGCCCUUGAGCACGCUUCCGAAGCUCUCGUGGUGAUCCCCGUGCACGGCAACUACGAGAGCUUGCCACCACGGCUCCGAAGCGCCGCACCACCCAACACCUUCACAUCCUGCAGCCUGCCUGAGAGAAAAGAAGUUGAGAUGGCGGCUCUGCGCGCCGUCGAUCCACCUUCUCUGGAGCAACCCUCAGAGAAACAUCGACACACCUCCACUCACAACGACGACUACGUGACCGGCACGGCUACAGUGAGAUUGCCAGAGGAACGACAUUUCAGCCCCGACCUUCCUGCUCCCAGCGAAACCCUAGAAACCACCGUCCAAGACUCUUCUUCACACCCAGCUAUCCCGCAAGUUAAUGGAAGCGAAAAAACAAACCCACUAAACUGCUCCACACAACAACCGCAGCCUAAACGGACCAGCGUGCAGGCCCUCGAGGAGGCGGGGCGUCUCCGCGCCGAGCUGGAGGCUGCAGAGGAGGCGGCGCGCCUGGAGGUCAUGCACGAGGCCGAGCAGGCCCGCGUCCAGGCCCUCGAGGAGGCGGCGCGCCUGGAGGCCGUGCACGAGGCCGAGCAGGCCCGCGUCCAGGCCCUCGAGGAGGCGGCGCGCCUGGAGGCCGUGCACGAGGCCGAGCAGGCCCGCGUCCAGGCCCUCGAGGAGGCGGGGCGUCUCCGCGCCGAGCUGGAGGCUGCAGAGGAGGCGGCGCGCCUGGAGGCCGUGCACGAGGCCGAGCAGGCCCGCGUCCAGGCCCUCGAGGAGGCGGCGCGCCUGGAGGCCGUGCACGAGGCCGAGCAGGCCCGCGUCCAGGCCCUCGAGGAGGCGGGGCGUCUCCGCGCCGAGCUGGAGGCUGCAGAGGAGGCGGCGCGCCUGGAGGCCGUGCACGAGGCCGAGCAGGCCCGCGUCCAGGCCCUCGAGGAGGCGGGGCGUCUCCGCGCCGAGCUGGAGGCUGCAGAGGAGGCGGCGCGCCUGGAGGUCAUGCACGAGGCCGAGCAGGCCCGCGUCCAGGCCCUCGAGGAGGCGGGGCGUCUCCGCGCCGAGCUGGAGGCUGCAGAGGAGGCGGCGCGCCUGGAGGCCGUGCACGAGGCCGAGCAGGCCCGCGUCCAGGCCCUCGAGGAGGCGGGGCGUCUCCGCGCCGAGCUGGAGGCUGCAGAGGAGGCGGCGCGCCUGGAGGUCAUGCACGAGGCCGAGCAGGCCCGCGUCCAGGCCCUCGAGGAGGCGGGGCGUCUCCGCGCCGAGCUGGAGGCUGCAGAGGAGGCGGCGCGCCUGGAGGUCAUGCACGAGGCCGAGCAGGCCCGCGUCCAGGCCCUCGAGGAGGCGGGGCGUCUCCGCGCCGAGCUGGAGGCUGCAGAGGAGGCGGCGCGCCUGGAGGUCAUGCACGAGGCCGAGCAGGCCCGCAUCCAGGCCCUCGAGGAGGCGGCGCGCCUGGAGGCCGUGCACGAGGCCGAGCAGGCCCGCGUCCAGGCCCUCGAGGAGGCGGGGCGUCUCCGCGCCGAGCUGGAGGCUGCAGAGGAGGCGGCGCGCCUGGAGGUCAUGCACGAGGCCGAGCAGGCCCGCGUCCAGGCCCUCGAGGAGGCGGCGCGCCUGGAGGCCGUGCACGAGGCCGAGCAGGCCCGCGUCCAGGCCCUCGAGGAGGCGGGGCGUCUCCGCGCCGAGCUGGAGGCUGCAGAGGAGGCGGCGCGCCUGGAGGUCAUGCACGAGGCCGAGCAGGCCCGCGUCCAGGCCCUCGAGGAGGCGGGGCGUCUCCGCGCCGAGCUGGAGGCUGCAGAGGAGGCGGCGCGCCUGGAGGCCGUGCACGAGGCCGAGCAGGCCCGCAUCCAGGCCCUCGAGGAGGCGGGGCGUCUCCGCGCCGAGCUGGAGGCUGCAGAGGAGGCGGCGCGCCUGGAGGCCGUGCACGAGGCCGAGCAGGCCCGCGUCCAGGCCCUCGAGGAGGCGGGGCGUCUCCGCGCCGAGCUGGAGGCUGCAGAGGAGGCGGCGCGCCUGGAGGCCGUGCACGAGGCCGAGCAGGCCCGCGUCCAGGCCCUCGAGGAGGCGGGGCGUCUCCGCGCCGAGCUGGAGGCUGCAGAGGAGGCGGCGCGCCUGGAGGCCGUGCACGAGGCCGAGCAGGCCCGCGUCCAGGCCCUCGAGGAGGCGGGGCGUCUCCGCGCCGAGCUGGGGGCUGCAGAGGAGGCGGCGCGCCUGGAGGCCGUGCACGAGGCCGAGCAGGCCCGCGUCCAGGCCCUCGAGGAGGCGGGGCGUCUCCGCGCCGAGCUGGAGGCUGCAAAGGAGGCGGCGCGCCUGGUGGCCGUGCACGAGGCCGAGCAGGCCCGCGUCCAGGCCCUCGAGGAGGCGGGGCGUCUCCGCGCUGAGCUGGGGGCUGCAGAGGAGGCGGCGCGCCUGGAGGUCAUGCACGAGGCCGAGCAGGCCCGCGUCCAGGCCCUCGAGGAGGCGGCGCGGCUGGAGGCCGUGCACGAGGCCGAGCAGGCCCGCGUCCAGGCCCUCGAGGAGGCGGGGCGUCUCCGCGCUGAGCUGGAGGCUGCAGAGGAGGAGAAAGAUGAACGGGCGGGGACGUUGAGGUACAAUGAGGAUUGCAAGGGACGAGUGCUGUACAGGGCGUCCCCGGAUUCGCGGAGGCCGCUGCCACGGCCGUUUAUCGGGUUGUCAUUGUCGGAAGAUGUGGAGAGGAGUAUUCUCAUUGUGGACGGGCUCUACAGGGAUGGGCCGGCGUAUCAGACGGGAAUCCGCCUCGGGGAUGUCCUCUUGCGUAUCGCGGGCGUUCACGUGGAUUCGAUCGCGAAGGCGAGGCAGGUGGUGGAUGCGCGUUGCUGCUGCGGCCGCGUCGUUCCCGUGACGCUGGCGACGAAGAUGAACCAGCAGUACAGCGUGGCUUUGUAUAUCAUGACGGUUGAUCCGGAGCACAAAGACAAGCCCUAUUUUUUUGAUGUGCACAUGCACCACCGCAUCGAGAGCUCGCACAGGGGGAAGAGGGCGCAGUGGAUGGAAGUUCUUGAGAGGCCAUCCGUAUCUUCGGCUGCCGCCACCCCUCUGGUGCCGCUCUUGCGUGAGACGACGCCGCGUAGGGGCUCAGUGCUGCAGUCAAGUGCGCGUUCCGCCUUCGUUGCCACGUCUUACUUCUCGAGCGCGCGUAGGUCGGUCAGCUCAGAAAGUGAGCGAUCGCGUGGGUCCUCUAGCGCGGCUACGGCAGAGGAGGCGAUCGCGCUGGCGCCGCAAGGGUAUACCCCGCCCAACCAAGUGCGCGGCCGUAGUUGA